AUGGUGAUCAAUGGUGGAAGUGGUGGGGGGUUAUGGGGUUCGGGAAGUGAAACAGAUGGUUUGAUGAUGCAAAGGGUUGUCGGAAAUGGAGGAUUUGGUGGGUUUAAUGGUCAGGUUUUUGUGGGAAAUCCUGGUAAUUGGCAGGUCGGUUGUGGUGUUGUGGAGGCUUCAAAAGAGAUCUCUUCAAUGCCAAAGUUUCAGCAUUGUAAACCUGAUCGUUGUGAUUGUUGCUUCAAGAAGAAGCGUUGCAGUGGAGAAACUGGAGGGAUAUUCAACCAAUUUGGACAAAUUUUCCCCAGAAAAGAUGCUGAUUUUCAUGGAAGGAACCUGGAAAACAAUCAAAAUUACAUCAAUGAAGAGAUGAAUGGAUUCAGUGCUAGAGCUGCAAGGAGUGCUUAUGCCUAUGCAGCAGCAACAGGAGGCCAAAUGAACAACAUCAAUGAGACUGUGGAUGUGUUAGCUAUUCACAAGAAGGGAAACUCGGUUGGCACUGGAAAUUAUGUGACGGAGUAUGAAUUUUUCCCUGACAAAAAUGGCAGAAACACCGCUUUCAAAGAAUGGGAACUGCCACAAGAUGAUUCUUUGUCUCUGGGAGGUGAAGCUUCUCAUGCUAAUGCUUCUAAUUGUGUUGAGUUGUCACUCAAGCUUUCUUAUUAG